AUGAAAAGUGGAAGGGUGAAAAACCCAUGCAAAAUAUGUUUCGAAACGGUCAAUAAGAAGAAAGGAAUGCAGUGCAAGGGUGCUUGUCAGAAAUGGGCGCAUUAUAAGUGCUUAGAUUUUAGUCCAGGUAAAAUAAAGGAUGUGAAAGAUGGCCAUGUUAAAAUUACCUGCCCGUGUCCCGAUUGUGAUGCACCUGACGCACAGAAGUGUUGUGCAGCUAAGAAAACAUGCACAUCUGCUUCUGGACCGUCUGCAAAGCCCAUACCCUACCCACCACAAUAUGCACUUCCAUAUACCAGGGAUGCCAUGCCCGUGUCUCACACAUCUUGUGGGAUGAAAUCUGAUGAUGUGUCACUGAGAUCCUCUGAUAUAACUUUAUCGCCACGGACAACGACAGGUUCCACCUCCCCCCAAUUAUUUAUGGCUUGCCCGCCAAAUAAAACAUUUCGUUCGAAACAAACAUCUCCAAAAAUAUCGCCAGAACCCUCGCGUUGCGGACCUUGUUGUACAAACAAAAGAACACAUUCUACGUCCGCAUUGGAAUCGUCAUCUUCUGACAGUGGCAUUAAUAUCAAAUGUGUCCCUCGACGGGCAUCAUCAAGCGAUUCAAAGUUACCUACUGCGUCAAACCAAAAAGAGCUGAUUGUGAGCCUGGAUGAAAUGUGCAAAACUGUUGGAAGACUUUCAACCCAGCUCAGAGAGCUGAUGUUUAAAAUGAUUGAAAGCAAUAAACUUUAA